CCCCGCUUCUUUUUCAGCUGCACGCACGCUUCGCCUGUUACCACUUACCACCACUUCCACCACUUGGAGUUCAAUCACAUCUCCAAACCAAACUAACCACAACAACACGCAUACCUCCCGCGGCACCUAAACCUAUAACACCACCUCAACCGCGACGCGACCUCAGCCAUCGGCGACUAACCGCGGGUGCACGGACACAGGCAUGAGAGCCUACGCGACGCCGCCGGCCGUCGCCACGCUGCCGUCGGCUGCGCCGCCGCUGACCCCCGAGGCCGCGGCCGUGCUGUCCCGCGCCGCUGCCGACGCGUCCAGGCGGCGCCACGGGCACACCACGCCGCUCCACGCGGCCGCCGCGCUGCUCUCCGGCCCGGCGCCGCUCCUCCGCGACGCCUGCGUGGCGGGCCUCGCGUCUCCACACCCGCUCAGGUGCCGCGCGCUCGACCUCUGCUUCGCCGUCGCCCUCGACCGCCUCCCCACCUCCACAGAGAACCAGCUCCACGACGGCGCCUUCCACGCCGCGCCGCCGCUCUCCAACGCGCUCGCCGCCGCGCUCAAGCGGGCCUACUCGCACCACCGGCGCAUCGGGAACGGCGGCGUCGAGGCCGACGACCACCGCGUCGGCGUUCCUCACCUCGUGCUCGCCAUCCUUGACGAUCCGUCCGUGGCGCGCGUCAUGCGCGAGGCGUCCUUCUCGAGCAUGGCCGUCAAGGCGGUCAUGCUACGGUCCCUCUCCGAUCCCGCGGCCUCCGACUCUGGCGUGUACGUCAACACUAGAGUGCUGCACCGGCAAGCUUCCCACCGGGAGGAGGAGGUGGCGAAAGUGGUGGAAGUAUUGAAGAGGAGCAAUAAGCAUAACCCGGUGCUCGUCGGCGACACGGUGGACGUGGACGCCGUGGUGCAAGAGGUGGACAUGCUGAUACAGAGGCAACGGCUAGGCAACGCGCGAGUCAUCUUCUUCCCGAAAGAGUUCGGCGACUUGGUUGAUAUGGAUAGGGCAGAACUCGUCGCCAAGAUCAAGGAGCUCGGCGAAGUGGUAAGAUCGGAGUUGAUGGCGCCGGCAUCGAAUAGCGCUGGCGUCGUGGUAAACCUCGGCAACCUGCAGUGGCUCGUUGAGGAAACAUGCGCGGGUCAUCAGGGCGAGCAAGAGAAGCGGAGGGAUGUGGUGCUCGACACGGCGCGCGCCGCGGUAGCUGAGAUGGCGCGUGUUCUGAACCAGUCCGGCGAAGGCGAGCGCCGCGUCUGGGUGAUCGGCACGGCAACGUGUGCCACGUACCUGAAAUGCCAGGUGUAUCACCCGGCGCUGGAGAGAGAGUGGGACCUCCAGGCCGUGCCCAUCACGCCGAGGCCUCCGCCACCGCCGCCGCUCGGGCUCUCGCCGAGUGUUGGAGUUAACAGAGGCAUCCUAAGCAGCUCCGUCGAGGUGCUGUCAUCGGCGAUGACGAGCGCAAUGAAACGGGCGCCGAGCCUUUGCAACGCCUGCGUGGAUGGCUACGAGCGUGAGCGCGCCGAAAUGGCGUCGUCCGAGCUUGCUUCCCGAUCUGCGGACCCGCCGAUGUCGCAGUGGCUGCAGAUCGGGACGCCGAGCAGCGCACGCCCGGUCGACCGCGCGCAGGAGAAGGCGCGGGAAGCUGACGAGCUGCGGCGUCGGUGGCUCGAUCGGUGCGCCCAACUGCACUCGCAUGGCCGGCCGUCCAUAGUUACCUGCUCCGAGUGGAACGGGGCUAGUGUUCUUGGCAACAUGCAGGCGUCGCCGUUACGGCCGUCGGCGCCUCCUAGCGGCACGGUGGACACCGACCUCGCGCUUGGCCCGGCGCUGGCAAGGCCGCCCUGUGACGCCGACGAUAAGCUGCUCCUGCGACGGCUCACGGAGGCGGUGAGAUGGCAACCCGAGGCUGCAGCUGCUGUUGCUAGUACGAUCACGGAGGCCAAGUCGGGUGAAGGCAAGCGGCGCGGCACGGGGACCAAGGCCGACGCGUGGGUCCUCUUCGCCGGGCCUGACGUGGUCGGGAAGAGGAACAUGGCCGAGGCGCUCUCCAAGUCCGUCUUUGGGACGGGCGCCGUCACCGUGCGUCUCUGCUGCCCGGCAGCCGGCCACGACGGCGGGGAGUCCAUCGUGUCAUGCCGCGGCCGAACGGCGCUGGACCGCGUGGCCGAGGCCAUACGGGCCAACCAGUUCCGCGUCAUUGUCCUCGAUGGCGUCGACCACGCCGACAACGUCGUGCGCGAGUCGGUCAUGCGCGCGAUCGAGUCCGGUCGGCUCGCGGACUCGCACGGCCGAGACGUCGCUCUCGGCAGCAACAUCUUCGUCGUCAUGUCGCAAUGGUCGCCGGUGCCAGAUCAGUUGAGGAGCUCUCAAGAAGCUGUACCCCUUCCUGACUCGCCAUGGAACCUGGAACACAGGACAGCGAAGCGCAGGCCGGAGCAGACGCUCGAAGGAGACCGCUGCACGAAAGCACGUAAAGACUCCGCACGGGAGCUGAUUCCCCUGGACUUGAAUUUGUCCAUGUCUGAUGAUCAUAUCGAUGAUGAAGACGACAGCAUCGGCGAGAGAUCACGGAACUCGUCCAGCGACCUAACGGUGGAGCACGAGCAGGACUACGGCCAGCCCAGCGCCGCCAAGUGCUCCGCGCCGUCAAACGUGUCAGACCUCAUCCAAGCCGUCGACGCAACGGUAGUGUUCAAACCAGUCGGCUUCGAGCCUCUGAAGCGGAGCGUCUCCGACGUGGUGUCAGCAAAGUUUGGAGAGUCGUCACGGGCCGGCGGGUGGUCCGUUCACGUUGACGAUGUGCUGCGCCCUGGCAUACGGGAGCUGAAACGUAGCUUCAGCACCAACGCUGUCGUCGACGGCGCGACGGUGGAAGGCAGCGGCCGGAGAAAGGACGGUGAGAUGUUCCCGAUGUCAGUGACAGUCACCGUCGACGGAAAUUGACGUGCAAUCCUGCCGACCUUGACGACAUGUUUCUUUUUUGUUGUUGAUCAUUAAUAUAUGAUCGCGAUCGGUGUACAUUAGUACAUGAAUGUGUAAAAAUGUUCAGCAACCAGAAGUUAGAGACGGAACUAGAAACUAGCUUUGCUGUUUUUGAGGACUCCAUUUUGGCUUUCAUUUCCCUGGCAACCGUCUAUGAUUGACGUCUGUUGAAUAAACGAGAUGAUAGCAUGCAGAGGAUCAUGCCUGCAUGCAGUUCAUCGUGGAACUAACAGCUCCAUGGAUAUUUCCUGUGUAUAUGUUGCAUCCAGUA